GCCAUAUUUUAGUGGACUGUAACAGAGGCCAAUUAUUGCUCAAUGGAAGUGCUUUUAUAUUGAAAUAAAAUUAUCAUUUCUUAUUAUGUGGUGUACCUCUACUAAUAUUAGAAAAAUAUCUACUUAAUUAAAUUUAAGUAAAGUUCAUAUAAAAUGUAUAUUUUUUUAAUUAGCUCAUUUUAGUAUUUGUUGGACUUAAUGUAGCCCGAAAACCUGACGCGGAUUUGACAACAUUCUUUGUUGUUUAAUAUUUUAUUCAUUUAAAAAUUGUGUUAUUCGAAUUAAAACAGAAUAUUUUUAUCAAGAUAACUAAAAGUUAGAAUAUUUCGCAAUGUCUGUUGCUUUUGCUCCACGAGGCAGUCGACCUCCUUUGAGUCCUGCUCAAGUACAAAAGAUGUUGGAUGAAAAUGCACACCUCAUACAAACAAUUCAAGAGUAUCAAGCGAAGGGUCAAGUUAUGGAGUGCCAUCAGUACCAGCAAGUUUUGCACCGUAAUUUAGUUUACCUGGCUUCAAUUGCAGAUCCCAAUCAAAAUAUGCAAAAUGUAUUGCCGCCACCUCAUCAACUUGCUAGUGGUAAUCCACCACAAGGAACGCUGAACCCUCCAGCAAGUGGAGCAGAUGGAUCCAGUCAGCAGCCUUAUCGUCCACCUAGCGGAGUUUCUACCACGCCAACACGACCAACACAAUCAUAUGGCCAAAGACCUUACCCUCAAAAUCAAUACCAAGGUCAAUAUCAGGGUGCACCUGGUGUUUAUCCUCCACAAGGUGGUUAUGGUCCACCGGCACAAGGGUAUGGUCCUCCCAAUCCACCUCAACAACCUCAAGGUUAUCCCCCAAACUCUACUUAUGGCCCUCCAAUCACUACUGCACCUAGUAAUUAUCCUCCUUCAACUCAUCCAGGGUCAGGAUAUCCACCUUCUACAGUGCAACAGCCAUAUGCCCCACCACCUGGUAGUCCUGUAGCCGCUGGUUCACCUUAUCCUGUUCGUGUUGCUACUCAACCAGGAUAUACUGGCAAUUCUGCUUAUCCCCCUCCACAAUCUGGUUCCAAUUAUCCUAAUGUAGGAGUAAGUACAUACAAUUCAACAGUGUCACAACCGCAACCAUAUCAGUCUCAACCAUUUCCGAAUACUACACCUACGUCUGCAUAUAGUUCGACUCCAACCUCUCAACCAAAUCGAUCACCUCAACCUCCACCUAGUGGAUAUACAGCCCAAAAUCCCACGAGUUCAGGUUAUGGUUCCCCUUCAGCACAAUCGCCAACAUACAAUUCCAGUCCACAUGGCAAUAAUGCCCCACCAUCUACAGUAGCAUCAGGUACCUCGACUCCAGCAGGACCCACUGGACAACAGUACCCUCCUCCUGGCCAGCCUUCCCCAUAUCCACCAGCGUCACAACCCCCUUAUUCCAAUCCUUCAUCACAGCCUGGUAGCCCAGCACCGUCUGUGUCUACUGCACCACCUCCUCAGACGUCUUAUCCUCAAACUCCGCAAAAUUAUCCCCCAACUGGUGGAGCAUACCCACCACAUGCUUAUCAGCAGGGUUAUCCGCCUGCCCAAUAUCCUCCUUCACCUUAUCCUUACACGAGAGCUCCUGCACCAGGAGCUCCGCCACCAGGUGGGCCUCAACCUUACCCUGUAUAUGGUUUUCAACCACCGAAUCAGCAGUAACAGUAGAAAUGUAAUAAUUUUAGACGUUAAUUAUUCUCAGAUAUUAAACAAAGUU